CUGGUUUGGCAAUUCAAAUGUAAACACACAAACAGAAAGCUUGAAGGGUAAAUAAUUCCAAUUAAAUAUUUCAUCAUGUUUUCGUCUGUCAGUCGAUUCAUUCGGCCAAUAAAAUAUGUAAAGCCUUUAUUUAUAAGUAAUAUGAGAUGCUUAUCAACAACUCCUCGAAUUUUAUCUAAUGUUGAUGCUAGCAAAUCCGAUCUUAAGCCGACAAUUAGACCAACCAAUGAACUAAAAACUGCUCAGUUAACUGAAUAUGGAGUAUAUCUAGCUGAUUGUUUACCAAAAUAUAUUCAGAAAGUUCAAAUAGCUCAUGGAGAUGAAUUGGAAAUCAUGAUAUCGCCUGAUGGAGUUAUACCAGUUCUCACAUUUUUAAAAGAUCAUCAUUUGGCUCAAUUCGAAUCACUUGUUGAUAUUGCUGGAGUAGAUGUGCCUACAAGAGAGUAUAGAUUCGAAAUAGUAUAUAAUUUGUUAAGUUUGCGAUACAAUGCUAGAAUUCGAGUAAAAACAUAUACUGAUGAAUUAACCCCAAUUGAUUCAGCUUGUGAUGUAUACAAGGCGGCCGAUUGGUAUGAAAGAGAAAUCUGGGAUAUGUUUGGAGUCUAUUUUGCCAAUCAUCCUGACCUUAGGAGAAUUUUAACCGACUAUGGAUUUGAAGGACAUCCUUUCAGGAAGGACUUCCCUUUGAGUGGAUAUGUUGAAGUGAGGUAUGAUGAUGAAGUUAAACGAGUUGUGGUAGAACCUUUAGAGUUGGCACAGGAGUUCCGCAAAUUUGAUUUGGUUGGACCAUGGGAGCAAUUUCCAGCUUACAGAGCAGAAGAUGCAGCGGUUAAAGAAAUACCAUUACCUGCUGAAGCAGCCGAAAAGAAAUAAAUCUAAUAAUUGGACACUUUGUUAAUCAUAUCUGAUUAGAUAUACAAAAAAAAAUGUUAUGUUAAUAUACAACUGAUAUCAUUACAAUUGGAAAUAUUUAUUUGAAUUUGGAGCAUUUAGUUAUAAUUCAUGAAUAAAAGCAAUUAUGCUUUAAA